AGGAGAAAGGAAACCUGAGAUCAGAUUGGAUUGGACCGCUAGCUUGCUCUGUAUCUGAGACCAACCAGAGUGGCAGAUCCGCGCCGAUGGUGUGUACAUCUCGUCGUUACAUAAUAUAAUUGUAAAAUAUAAAUCAAAUUAAGCGUUCUAUUUCGAGGGAAACAAAUCAAAACCAAAACCGUGAUAAAUUUGAGUAAUUACUCGCGAUAACAUGAGGUGAUCUGGAGAUGGCAGACUUACCAGGAUAUAUACGUGCCUGUUUGAACACAGGGAAGCUUGCCUCUUUGGCAAUUUUGGUCUCUGGAGGAAUCGUCUUGCAGAUUUUGGCAUGUGCCUUGUAUAAUAAUUGGUGGCCGAUGCUAAGUGUGAUAACGUAUGUGCUUCUUCCAAUGCCUUUGCUGUUCUUUGUGGGAUCUGAUGUUUCUAUAUUUUCUGAAUCUGAUAAUAGCUGGGUGAAUUUAACGAAGUUUUUGACCGGAGCCUCAACUGUGGGAGGCAUUGCCAUUCCGAGCAUAUUAAAGCAUGCUGGGGUUAUCGGUUGGGGAGCCUUUGCAAUGGAACUAUCUUCCUACUUUGUGUUUGUGUUAGCCGUAUUAUGUUUCCUUGGGAUGAGUGAUGAAGAUGAUUAUAGUUUCCUAUGAGAUGGGACGAUAGGGGGGCGUGCUUCGACAGUGUAAAAAUGGAUUUAUUCCUUUUAUGUGCUAUUGAAUUCCUUGCUUUUGCGAGCUUCACCUCAGGAUAUUCCUUUUCCCGUUAAAAAUAUUGAUUGCCUCUCCUGAAUUUGCGUUUAACAAUGAUUUCUAGACCUCUCCCAAUUGUAGAGAAGUUUGCAGCCAAAUGUAUGGGAACUGAAUAUACUUGUGUAUGUAACAUGAUUUAAUAUGUCACUAAUUACUUCAUCUGGAUGUAACAUGAAUGAGUGUGUCAUAUACGUUCGUAGAGGCUAUACGUGCAUUUGAGAAUGCCAAACUCUUAGAAAUGUUUGAAGAGACAUGAAUUUGGUGGAAAAAAAAUUGAAUUCAAAUGUGCUGUGAUAGCAUGUUUGAAUUUGUGUUUAAAUGU